AGGACCUCAUUGAAGUAGAACAAGAAGCCACGACCUACUUGUUAGCGGAAGUUCUCUUUUCUGUUUUCCCUGUAGUUUUUUGCUGAAAAUAAAAUGCUGAUCUUGAGGACGAUGAUAGAUGACGAUCGGAUCAAUCUUCCCGAAAGAGAAACAAAGAUCCGAUUUUUUCUUACCGAUAUCACACUAAUAUAAUACAGCACGACGGACAGGCCGGUUCUGUAGCUGUACUACCAACAAGUCAGUAUAGUUUAUUAUCAUCUAGUACUUCGGUGUCUGUGGUAAGGCGGUUAUCUGUUUAAUAUCUGUGGUCACAUGGUAGGACUCACGACCAAGCACUAGGUAGGGACGGGUCAUGCAACUAUCGCCCGUAGUUUCGUCGAAACAUUUUCCAGCACACAACACCAAUUCCCGACUAGUAAAAAGAAGACCAAAAAAAUAGAUCAUGUUUCGCUCCAGGCCGGACACGGCACAAGCUGCCGCGAAGACGCAGCAAGAGGCCAAGUCCCACGCGAGCUGGAAUGCCGCGAGAGAGGACACGGCGGUCCCCCGCAGCGUGCGGAAGACCCUGAACGGGCGGGCACAGGAGGCGGCCUUUCGGAAGCAGAUGCAAAAAGCGGUGAAAUCGGAGCGGAAGGCGGGCGGGUUCGUCCGCGGCCAAGUGUUAGAUGCGGAAGACGUCGCGGAGAUGGCCGGACUUGCGGGGAACGAAACGGAUGAGAGUGAUGAAAGUGACCACGAUAAAAAUUCGGAAGCAGACGACAGUUCUUCUUCUGAAGGUUCUUGCAGCGACAAUGACAUCAAGGAGAAAAUAAACCAAAAACCUCAAGGUCGUGGUGCGAAAAAGCAGGACGCGCUGUUCUUCGUGCCCUUCAAGCCAGUGGAUUUAGGGGAGGACGAAGAUUUGUUUCCCGCAAAGCGGAAGAAGAUUGAGCAGAAACUCGUGCAGCAGCUGAAAAACUGGGCUGUGGACUUGAACUUGGACCAUGCGAAAGCGGUCCGCACGAUGUACGCGGCCUGGCAUCCGGAUAAACAGAUUGGGAAGGUAAACAGAGUAAUAGAAUGAUCAUUUUUAGUGUGCCUGCUGCGAUAAUGAGGAAAUAUGAUUCGUCUUCCAGUUUAGACGAGCAAGCGAAUGUUUUUCGUAGAUGAGACGCUUCAACACAAAUGAAGUGAAGAAAGGAGGAACUGUUGAAAUAGUACAAUUCUAUCCUCACUACUCACACUCACCACCCUAACACAGCCCUACCACGCUGUCUGCGGGGAGAUUUUUCAGACCCUGCAGGCGGAGGUCCGGCGGCUGCAGCAGGAACGCGAGCGCCGGUUUGCCAAGUUUGAGGAGCUGAAAAAACUUCGCGAGGAGAAAAAAUCCGAGAAACACGCCGAGAAGCAGGCGCGGAGGGAAAAACACGAGGAACGGGAAAUCUUGGCGAAAAUGAACGACAAUAAACAGAGUCCAAGUUGUUCCAAGAUUCCAUCCCAGGGCGUGCGAUUCUCCGAUCAGCCUCCCGUGGAGCACGAGUUUUAUUGCCCCGCCAAAGACAGCGGUGCACUGCAUGACGAAAACGAAGGCACUAGCGACGGGGACGACUCUGACUCUGAUUCCGACUGUCCCGACCUCGUGUCCGUCCCAGCUCGACCGUCGCUCCGGCCGAAAGCGCGAUCGCACUUUUCGUUGACAUCGGUUUCUACUGACAGGGCAGUCCUUAUGGAUGUGUCAGAGUUGAAAUCAACAAAGUUGAAAUAAUUUGUCAUGCAUAAAAUGGAUGCCAAUUGGAACCCAGUUUCCAAGUGGCGCAAGACAAAUUUCGGCGGUCCCUAAAUCCAGUUUGUCAUGCUGGUUAGGCAAAGAAGAGCGAUUUUCUCAUGCUACUUUAGCAGCUCGAGCUGUAGCCCCAAACAGGCUUACAAUCUGCCUCACUUGCCUGCUCUGCAACACACGUGCCGCGGGUCGUGCAUUUUACGCAUUGCAAAUCAUUUCAACUUUGACGAUUUCAAACCUGACGCUUCCAUAGUCCUGUUUGGCGGUGAGAGCGCGAAUGGGGAGGACGAUAAGCUGUUUUUCCACAAAGACACCUUUCACCUGGUCCAAGAAGGAGAUGAGGGUGCGAUGAAUUCGAAUACAAAUCCCGCUGUAUUCCGCGAUGCUCUGGUAGACAACGACAAUGCAACGGCAAACACCCCCUCCUCCGACGACACCACCGGUCCUUGUGCCCGGUCGGCGCACCAGGCGGUCCGACUCGGGGGGAAUUGUUCCCAGGAUGUGUUCCUCUUCGGCGGCGAGUGGGCGUCGGCUGACGGCAGGCGCUUCCGCCAAUUUGACGACAGCUGGGUCUUUUCCGCGGAAGCAAAAGCGUGGUGUCGGGUGCUGAACGCGGAUUCAAAAACGUCAUCUAGCUCUACUUCGUCGGACAACAGCACCCCGGCACCCCGGUCGGGGCACCGGAUGGUGUUUUUGGACAACAAAGUCUACUUGUUCGGUGGCUUCACGGAGCAGAAAAACGGCAACGUGAAGUACUUGUCGGACUUCUACGGCGGGGAAGUGACGAAAAUAGAUGCGCCGGUUGAGGACGAAAAGAAGGCGGCUGAUGGUGGUAAAAAUUCUGCGAAGGGGACAAAAGCGUCGAAAAAUAACUCCUCAUCCUCGGCAAGUCAAGUGCAACACCUUCCCACAUACACCAUCAAGUGGGUGCGUGACAAGCGCAUGAAGAUCAACAAGCCGUCCGCUCGCUAUCAAAUGCAAAAAUGUCUGGGUCUGGAAGAGUGCCAGGCUUGUUAUGCAUAUUCUGCACCAACCAUGACGCCUGUAUUGCAUGACCUAGCAUCACAGAUUUUUAGAGGGCUUCCUGAUGCCUGUUCCGCAUCCGAAAUGCUCUCUCCACGCAACACAAACUGGACGCCUCUUACUGGUCCUGCAGUACAGAUUUUUUUAGAGUCCAAAGACAGCAUUACAAGUUGGCUCCUUCCAGACCCAGACAUAUUUGCAUUUGAUACCCGCGCCGGGUUCACCAUGUGGGCGAGAACGGAGGAAAAAUCGAAGAAAAAGGAAAUCUACAUCUUCGGGGGCUCCCAGACCGGGGCGAAGGGGGAUUUGAAAAAACUUUACGACUUGUGGUGCUUUGACGUGGACACACUGGAGUGGCGGGAGAUUCUAUGACAGUGCACGACUCCCCCUCCCCCUCAUUUGUCAUGCAAAAUACCCAGUCAACCCUUUAUCUCUUGGCACUGUUUGCAUCACAAGUUCUGGUAGCCCAAAUAGCACGACAAUCCAGUGGACGUUUGUCAUGCAAGGCCGGCACGUCUCGCUGAUGCUUGUGUUGCCGUUCAUGCUAUACAAAUGAGGGGGAGGGGGAGUUGUGCACUGUCAUAGAUUCCGGUGGGGGAACAGAAAAAUUUCGAGCAGGCGUUCUCCGUCACCAGGGAGCUGUUUGACAGUGCGACAGGAGGAAAGAAGGGAACAGGUAGUGGUCCUGCGGGCGAGGGAGCGAUGUCGAAAAGUGCGAAGAAACGGGCCAAGAAAAAGCAAAAAGCGGCGGGCGCUGCGGAAGGAUGCAAUGCUGAGGAGCAAGACGAGGGAGCUGGUGCAGGCGAGGAAGAGAAUACGAAAGAACCAACAACCGAGAUCAACAAAUCUGCCAAAGAUGAUCAACCUCCCCUAGUCGAAAUCGAGAGGAAGUUCAUUCCCCGGUCCGGUCUCUCUUGUUGCAAGUUGGACGAAGAUCGGGUCCUUUUUUUCGGCGGGGUCAGCGACAUUUUGCAGGACCAGGUGACGAAGUCCGGGCUGGCGGUCUUUCACAAUGACGUGCUACUUUUGAAUUUGAGAGAUUUCUCCUGGACGGUUGUCUGGUCGCCCUACCAUCUGGUGUUGGAACAAAUGCGGAAAAAUGAUAUGCACUCAUCUAGUACUUCGGAUGCUGGUGUUCAACAUCAGACCGAAUCUACUUCCGCAAAUUCUGCCAGAAAAAUGAUUCCACAGCAGCUGGCUUUGGCGUUACGUUCGGAGCAGAAGAUCACGGAUGAUUCUGGCGGCGUGGACUUGGCAAAGCUGCUGUUCGGUGGCAAUAAUCUUCCCGGGAAGACGGUGAAUGCAGAGGACCACGAGGAGCGUGACGGGGAUAACGAAAAAAAUGCAAAAAGCCCUCUUCUUUUCCCCCGCGGCCGCAUGGGCUCGCAGAUUGUGGUGUUGAACAACACUCUCUACAUCUUCGGGGGCACCUACGAGACCGGUCCGCGCCGGGAGUGCGCGCUGGAUGAUUUGUGGGCCUUGCCCUUGGAAGGAGCGGGUGUCCUCUCCUGUGGGAUAGAAACUUCUGAUGCGGCAGCCAGUACAACGGCGAGUUCUGAUCAUGCCACCCGCGAGGAAUUAUUGGGGGCUAGCAUCACAAAUAACAGCAAAAGUCUUUCCUGGUCACGGGUUCUGCGCUUCUCGCGGGAGCAGGAGGAGGAUGAAUUGGAUGAGAUCGAGCAGACCAUGGAACAGGAAACUGCGGAAAAUACGCUGCUGAAUAGCAAAACCAUUAACAAACUGAUGUCGAAAAAAAAGAAAAAGAUCGCAGCGAUGAACAAGCAAGCGAGUACGACAACGACAAGCGACCCCGUUUCUACUUCCGCGGACAGGACACCGGCGAGUGGUGCUUUCGUUUCCACAGCCGAUGGGAUAGUUUUGACCGGUAAGAACUCGUCAUCCGCUGAUCAUGGUACAGUCGUGACUGCUCUACCCUGUGAUCCUACUUCCCUCACGACACCCCCCACUACCCCGGCGUACGGUACGACAAAUGGCACUACAACCCCCCUCGAGGAACCGACUACGACGGAGAAAAAGCCAAAUCGGAUUGUCAAGCCCACCCCGGUACCAAAUGCAAAAAUGUUUGUGUCUGGAAACUUGUGAUGCUGCGUUGGGAACAGGGAAUGCUCUGUAAUGCCCACCCAAGCAUGAGAAAUAUCGGCGCUUCUUUGUGUUGCGUUUUUCGCAUGACAAACUGCGUUUUUGCAUGACAGGCGAAAGGAUCUCUUGUAGGACACGCAUCGCAAACUUUUUGGUCAUCCUAGACAAGCAUGACAAACCUCGCAGUCUUCCAGACCCAGACAUUUUUGCAUUUGAUACCCGGCCACCGUGCGGGAGGCGCAGGAGGAGGCGGAGCACUGCACGGUUGUAUCUUUGAAGGAGGUAUGCAUUGCAAAUAUGUCUGGGUCUGGGAGAUUUGGGGAGUUUAUCAUGCAGAUUGUACAUGGCUCCCGAUGCCUGUGAUGCAUGCUCUAGCGUCACAGCUUUUGCAAAGGUUUUCUCAUGCCUAAACUGCAUGAGAAAUGUCCACUCCGGGUGGCAACAAUCUGAGUGUCUUUUGCCUCUCUUGCAAUACAGAUUUUUUGUGUGGUCGACAGCUAGCAUCACAAAUCCCAUUCUUUCCAGACCCAGACAUAUUUGCAUUUGAUAGGAGGUCACGGACCCGUCGCAACUGUCGAAAAAGGAAAAGGUGAAGUGGGAGAAGAAGCAGCGACAAGAGGUUAUUGCAGUGAAAAGUGCCCCCCACCCCUCAAAUUGCAAAAAUUUGUGAUGCGAAGUUUCCAAAUGAAAACUUUUUGUCAUGCAUGAAAGGAGUAUGAAUCUUUCUGAUGCAGAGUCUAGGCGUGUAUCGCAUCGCUUGCAUGACAAACGCCGCUCUUGCUGGGGUCUUUUGCAAUACAAAUUUUCGCUAUUCACGAUUGGAAACCUGUGAUGCUGAUAGGUGCAAGAGGGCGAAUGUUUCAUUUGGAAAGGUUUGCAAUACAAAUGCUUUCAAGUUCGGAGGUGGGGGCAUUUUUCAUUCUGAUAGAGGUGAAAAUGGUGAAGCAGAUGGAGAAGGAAGCGAAGAAAAAUUUGAAAAAACAAGCGAAACUGGAGAAGCAGAAGAGCGGCGGCGGGAAGAAGGGGGAAGCGGCGGAGGAAGACGACGAGGAGUGAGAUGUUGAUCUUCGGGGAUUGGGAUUGCCAGAAGAAGUACUGCUGCGCAGAUGAACUUCUUUGGGCAGUGACAAGGAUAAAAAAAAGUGUUGCUUGUGGAAUUCUGUCUACAUUAUCUCUCCUCUGAGUACGCGACUUUGAGCUGUAUCAACUGAAUUGUAAUUGACGCAUGGCACGCAUCUAUUCUUGGUUCUAUUAAAAAACGCAAGCGGAAGAUUUAAUUUCAUGUUCGG